CUUGAUAACUGCGGGUAGUCGUUGCAUCUAUCCUUUAUUUCGGUUAAACCUUGCAUUUAAUUUUAAACAGUCAGCUGUCCACUUAGCAUACGCUGAACUAUGGUGCGCGUAGCCAUAGACCUAACAUUAAGUGAUGAUGAACAUGAAGUACUGCACCUGUAUAAGCGAAGUCGUUCUACUGCGCCUGAGGCCAGCAGCUCCGAUGUUGUGAUAAUGCGCGACACCGCUGACUCUGACGUUGAAGACAUCAGCCCACAAGAGUUUAAGGAAGCAGUUGCAGCAGCUACGGGCAAGAAAGCUGGCGGAGGGGAGGAAGCGGAGUCUCUGGAGGACGAUGACAUUGUCAUUACAGCCAGCUACGGUCAGGCGGCGACAAGGGACAUGCCCCACCCACGUCCAGAUUGCGGUGUCCACAGCUUUACCACCGGGACUUCUAAAUCCAACAGCAGCCACUGUAGCAACUGCUUCUGCUACGUGUGCGACGUGAAGGCGUCCGAAUGCGAGUUCUGGGGCACGGGCGCGCGCACCCAGGACCACGCAAACGCAAUGCCGAAGGCGUAUUGGGACCGCCUGCGGCAAGCGGCAAAAGUGGGCGACAAGGCAAAGCUCGCUGCAAAGUUCAACACGCACACGGCCCGCAAGAGCAAGCGCAUGUCCCGGCGGUCGUCUCGUUAGCGCCAGGAAGCACCCACAUCUUUGACCCUUGUGAAAGCUAAGUGUACGGAACUGUCGGAGGGAUGUAGAUUGCGAAGCAUGCAGGAUGCGACGUUGCUAAGUGCAGGAUGCGUUUAAGGGAUAGUGAACAUGUCCAGACUGCCAUGGUAUGGCUUUCACGGCAUAACUCCAUGGCUUUACUGGGCAAUCCUUUUAUGUGGGAGUACUUCUAGAGGCGUGUAUACACUACUUGCGUUUUGUUAACUAUGUGCCAUGCCAGUGAGUAUUAACAGGAGGGACUGGCAUUAGGGUUGACCUUAUCUUCGGUAAAGAGGUGCCGUGAAACAGAAGGCACUAUACGCAUCUUUGCGGGUUCCCAUGCCCCUGUCCAGGGUGAGACAUGCCUUGCAGGAGCGCUAAGCACUGCGUACCGCACUGGGACUAAGGUACAUUGGUGCCUCUCACCUUUGAUUGAUUAUCCCUCUCACCCAAUCAGUACGGGACCACACCCAUUAUGUAACUGUAACAAAUGUACA